AUGCCGUCCUUCUCGAACGACGGCCCCUACCAAACAGCCACCGCCACGGCCACGGCCACUCAUCCUCGACCCUUCGACUCGCCGCAGGGAAAACCGCACGACAAGGCUCCCGUCGGCAACACGUUUCUCUGGACCAACUGGCCCAACGGAGACGCUAACCACAACGACGGCCCCCCGAACGACCGUCAACAUCUCGCCAAUGGCAGUGCCUAUUCUCUGAAUGGGCCCCGAUCGAGCGCCAGCUCCUACCACCGGGAUUUCCCCCAGUCGAAAGAUGGAAGCAUGCACUCGCUAGGCAACGGAUCCGCUCGAGACCCUCGAGAUGGGGGGCGACCCUCGAUGACGCCGGACAGGGAUUACACCCCGCGCACCUCUGAUGUCGGCGCUGGUGCCGGCUCGAUAACUUCGGUUUCCGGCCAUCAGCCCAACGGCACGUCGUUGGGCCCUCGUUCGCUCGGCGGCAAGUCGAUGGUGAAUGGUGACUAUUCCCGCGCCUCCGUCGACGAACUGGCCUCCUUGGACACCACCGGCAACGUGAACGGAACGCGAUUGUCAUCCUCGCAGCCCGAAGAUAGCGGCUACCUUUCGCCGGACGCCGACCGAAUAUCCCCAUCGCAAAAAGGAUCUCAUCGCUACUCCUCGCCGCCCGUGCCGCCGAGCGCGGAUAAUUCUGUUCAGCAGGAUCCGAAUCACCCUGGCCUUCGACAGCGUCAUACCCUUCAAGUACCUCGAACGACCAGCGGCCGCCGCAGUAGCCGAGACCACUCCGAAGAUGCUUACAGUAGUGGCCGCCUAUCGCCUACAACGAACGGCCGCCGUCCGUCCUUCACCCUUGGCCGCCGGGCCAGUCGAACCAACCGCUCCGACACGUUCCCGGACGACAUGAAUCCUGAAGACGACGCCGCUCGAUGGGCCGAAGCUAUCAAACAUAGGAGGGCUUCGAGGCGAAGGCGCCGCGACGAUGACGAUGACGACCGCGUCAUUGUCGGAACGAAGGUGGAUCAGAACCAUGUGAACUGGGUUACGGCGUAUAACAUGCUUACUGGCAUUCGUUUCACCGUGUCGAGGAUCAAUGCGAAGAUGGAACGGGAACUAACGCCGGCUGAUUUUGAAGCCAAGCACAAGUUCUCAUUCGACAUAACGGGUAAUGAAUUGACGCCCUCCGCCAAGUACGAUUUUAAGUUCAAGGACUACGCCCCGUGGGUUUUCCGAAGUCUGCGAAACAAAUUCCGCAUUGAUCCCGCCGACUACUUGAUGUCCCUCACCAGCAAGUAUAUUCUGUCGGAGCUGGGCUCGCCCGGCAAAAGUGGAAGUUUCUUCUACUUUUCGCGUGAUUACAAGUAUAUCAUCAAGACGAUCCACCAUUCGGAACACAAACUAUUACGCAAGAUCCUUCCCGAAUACUACAAGCACGUCGAGCAAAACCCGAACACCCUCAUUUCCCAAUUCUACGGCCUCCACCGCGUUAAAAUGGCUUAUGGCCGGAAGAUCCACUUCGUCGUGAUGAACAACCUCUUUCCGCCCCAUCGGGAUAUUCACCAAACAUUCGAUCUGAAAGGAUCUACCAUCGGCCGUGACCUGCGCGAAGAGGAUCUCGAAAAGAACCCCAGAGCGACGCUGAAGGACUUGAACUGGGUUCGGAGAAACCGACAACUUCAGUGCGGCCCGUCCAAACGAGAAUUCUUCCUAGCGCAGCUUCAGCGCGAUGUGGAAUUGCUGAAGCGGCUCGGCAUCAUGGAUUAUUCUCUUCUGGUGGGAAUCCACGAUGGCGAACGCGGAAACGAGGAGGGGCUCCGUGACAAGACCCUGCAAGUCUUUUCACCCGGAGGUGACCGCGAAGAAGAGGCAGCCCCCAACAUGCUCAUGCGGACACCUUCCAAGUUGGAGAGUGAGCGCAAGGCGCGCGAGUUGCGGAUGUCUCUCAAACGAGAACGCCCGGUACCUCUGGACAAGGCCGCGGCGAAGAUGCCUGAGGAGAUCCUGGACGAGCGCAAGUUCCAUGUUUUCUAUUCCGAUGAUGGUGGAUUCCGUGCGACCCAUGAGAACGGCCAACCCGGAGAGGAGAUCUACUACCUGGGGAUCAUCGAUUGUCUGACCCACUAUGGCACCGUGAAAAAAUUAGAACAUUUCUUCAAGGGACUUUCCAAUGAUCGGACGCAAAUCUCGCCAGUUCCGCCGAUGGGUUACGGAGAUCGGUUCAUCCAGUUCAUCAAGGGUAUUACCAUGUCGAAGGAGGAGGCCGAGCGCCACCGGGAGUCUCGGGUAUCUGAACAGCGUUCGUCUUCCGUUGAAAGGACAAUGCAGGCGGCUGAAAAAGAGGCUGCGGCUAAAGAUGUGAUAAUAGCUAACCCCCGAACGUUGUCGACUGUGCGGGACCCGGGUGACCCCAGCGGCAGCGUUCCUGCAUCGACGCUACCCAUUGUGGACGAGGCCGGCGAGGCCAGCAGUGUUGGAGGUCAAAGUCAACACAGCCGACGAGGCCCGUCGCCAGCACCAGAAAAAGAUCUACCGCCGCUGCCUAAUCAUCACCUGAACCAUCACCACCACCAUCACCAUCUUGGAUUUGGUAAGGGCAAGGCGGUGGCUUAG